GAGAAUCCACGAGUUCUCACUAACGAUGAGUUUCGCUCUCCAUUCCCUCUCAAUCUCUGCUUCUUCAUCAGCCUCAUUUCUCUCUCUCCGACGCUUUCCUUCGAGAUCGUUAUCGCUUCUACAACCUUCGAUUUCCCUUUACUCAUCCCCAACCGUCCGAUCACUCUCCAUCUUCUCCACUCGAUUAACUCCACGCGCCGCGGCCUCCUCCUCGCCGGAGAAACCGUCCAGCACUCAAUCAUCGUCAAUUUCUUCGCCGCCGCAAGGAGCGAAGCUGGUUCCUCUGUUGAUCUCCGUCUUAAUCGGUCUCACUGUCCGAUUCUUAAUCCCCAGACCCGAACAAGUGACAUCACAAGGAUGGCAAUUGCUCUCAGUUUUCCUCUUCACGAUAUCAGGGCUCGUCCUUGGUCCACUCCCUGUCGGUGCUUGGUCUUUCGUCGGCUUAACCGCUUCAGUCGUCACCAGAACGCUUUCGUUCUCAGCCGCUUUCGCCGCUUUCACCAACGAGCUCAUCUGGCUGAUCGCGAUUUCGUUCUUCUUCGCUCGUGGAUUCAUCAAAACGGGUCUCGGCGACAGAAUCGCAACGUAUUUCGUGAAAUGGCUCGGGAAAAGCACUCUUGGUCUAUCGUACGGUCUCGCCUUCUGCGAAACGCUUAUGGGUCUGAUAAUGCCGUCUACGAUGGCUAGAGCCGGCGGGGUUUUCUUGCCGGUGAUCAAGUCUCUGUCUCUCUCCGCCGGAAGUAAACCCGGAGAUCCAUCUUCGAGAAAACUAGGUGCUUUUCUCAUCCAGACUCAAUUACAGUGUUCAGGAACAUCUGGUGCGCUUCUCCUGACAUCAGCUGCACAAAACUUGCUGUGCCUCAAACUAGCGAGAGAAGUUGGUGUGGUAGUCUCAAAUCCAUGGGUCACUUGGUUUAAAGCCGCGAGUGUUCCUGCAUUGGCGUCUCUUCUUUCUACUCCUCUCAUCAUCUACAAGCUUUACCCUCCUGAGCUGAAACACACACCAGAAGCCCCAGCUGCAGCUGCAAAGAAACUAAAACGAUUAGGUCCCAUCACCAAAAACGAAUGGAUAAUGCUCGGGGCUAUGGCUCUCACCGUCUCUCUUUGGGUGUUCGGAGAGACAAUAGGAGUAGCAAGUGUUGUAUCCGCGAUGAUCGGUCUAUCAACGCUUCUGCUAUUGGGAGUUAUAAACUGGAACGACUGUCUAAGCGAGAAAUCAGCUUGGGACUCGCUCACUUGGUUUGCGGUUUUGAUUGGUAUGGCUGGACAGCUAACAAACCUCGGGGUGGUUGCUUGGAUGUCGGAUUGUGUGGCCAAACUGCUCCAAUCUCUGUCCCUGACUUGGCCAGCAUCACUCGUUAUUCUCCAGGCUUGUUAUCUCUUGAUCCAUUAUCUAUUCGCAAGCCAAACCGCUCAUGCAGGAGCGCUCUAUCCUGCCUUCUUGGCGAUGCAAAUCGCUGCUGGAGUCCCAGGGGUUUUAGCAGCGCUUUGCUUGGCUUUCAAUAAUAAUCUCUCUGCUGCAUUGGCACAUUAUACUAGUGGCCCAGCUGCUUUAUACUAUGCAGCUGGAUACGUAGAUCUGAAAGAUAUGUUUAGACUCGGGUUCGUGAUGGCUCUUGUACAAGCAAUCAUCUGGGGAUUUGUCGGAUCUUUCUGGUGGAAAUUCUUGGGUCUUUACUGAAUAAUGAAACUGCUCCGGCCAUUUUAUUUUUCUAAACACAAACCAAUCCAAAAUUCAAACAAAACCGAAAGCUGGAUUUUACUUUAA